AAAAAAAAGAUCACUAUUUCUUUUUUGGUUUAGAAACUAAAAAUCCUUCCAAAAUCCCAAUCUCUCUUUAUCUUUCCUUUCUUUUCCAAGAUCCUCAUAAAAUAAGCCUUAUAGAAAGAGAAGAACAUUUAAAAAUGAAAUGACCAAAUGAGAGAGAGAGAGAGAGGGACCAACCAAAGCCAAAACCAAAACUACUGAAGCUUUAAAGGAUGUGUGGCGGUAGAUUAGUAGUAGAAGUAGACAGAGUUGCGUAGAAAACGCUUCCUUCCAAAACCAAAAACACACACAAAAGAAUUAUUAACAGGAUGUUGGAUGUUAGCUGAUGGGUCUGAAUUAGCUUACGAAUGUGCUGCGAAGUAGAUUGAACAAAAUGGGUAUCGCUUGGAUUCGUUUUAAUUGGUUGUAGUGUUGAAGAUCUGUUUGGUAUCCUUUUCGAAAGUUUGCUUGGGUUUUCUUUUUUUUAUCGUUCUGUUCCACAUCAACGGUGCUUGUUCUUUAUUUCCUCGUCGAUUUGGCCAAGGACAUAGUGAUUCUGACAGAUAAAAGGGUGAGGUUGUUUUGAAUUGACUUUGUUAGAUUCUUGAUCGGGAAUGAAUGUUCUUCUGUUUUGAAGUUACUUUAACUCAAGUAUUUGGAUUUAGAGAGUUGGGGAAAGUUGUGUGAAAAAAAUACUCUGCAGUUUGAACUUUGGAUGUUACAAGACAGGAAUUGAAAGAGGGCUGCGGAGUUCAGGGGUUCUCGAUUACAUCUAGGUUUGAUUUGCGUGUUGUAGUGCUUGGACGGUGGGGCAGGAAUGGAACUAGCAACUAGGAAUUAUUGUAUGAAAAUUAAGCGAAAGGAGUGGUAGUGUCUCGUAAUGGUUGAGAGUUGGGUUGAAACCAGAAGAGAACGGCAGUCAUGUUGUCAGAUGAGUUCAUGAAUUGUGUUGCCUUUGACGAGAAUUCCAUUUCAGAUUUUUCCAAGCGAAUACUCGAUAUGAAGAGUGAUAGGAUGAAGACUGGGGAUGCAUUUCCUCGCAGAAGCAAGAAACUCAAGGAUAUUGAACAUCGCAAUAUUGAAAAUGAGGACGUACAAAUUAUUGAUCCACCUUUAAUCAAGGAAACAAAUGUUGUCCAGGAGAAGAGUAAGCAGGAACCAAUGUUGGGAUUGCUUGAUUGGCUUAAAGUUAUUGCAAGAAACCCUUGCGAUUCCUCAAUAUCUUCAUUACCAGAAAAGUCAAAAUGGAAAUCAUAUGGAAAUGAAGAGAUUUGGAAACAGGUUUUGGUGGUUCGAGAGGAAAUGUUCGUGAAAAGACAAGUUGAUUCAAGUAGCGAACAAUCUUCCGUGCAGAGAAAUCAGAGGAUGCAUCCUUGUAUGUACGAUGAUGAUACAGUUCCGAUAUACAAUCUUAGGAAGAGAUUAAGCUUGGAUAAAAAGGAUGUUUCUCAAGAACCUGUUUCUAAAGCGAAUGAUUCGUCACCUACAGAUUCAUUGGAUGAUUACAAGCCCGUUCUUCUGGGGUCAGAUUAUCAAGCUCGAGUCCCAGAAUGGAAUGGUGUGAUAUCCGAGAGUGAUUUAAAGUGGUUGGGGACCCAAGACUGGCCCUUGAAGAAAGGAAGGAACAGAUAUCUAGUUGAAAGGGAUCCCAUUGGAAAAGGAAGGCGAGACCCUUGUGGGUGCAUGGACGCCAAUUCGGUUGGCUGUGUCCAAUUUCACGUUUCUGAGAAAAGGCAGAGAUUGAAGCUUGAGUUGGGCGACGCGUUCCUCCGAUGGAGAUUUGAUGAGAUGGGGGAGGAUGUUACGUUAGCUUGGACGGUGGAGGAUGAGAAAAAGUUCGAGGACAUAGUGUCAUCAAACCCUCCGUCCCUCGGGAUAUCUUAUUGGGAAGAUAUCAUUGAAUCAUUUCCUUCUAGGAGCAAGGCAGAUCUUGUUAGCUACUACUAUAAUGUCUUUCUUUUGCGUCGUAGAGGACACCAAAAUCGAGUUACACCAGAUGAAAUUGACAGUGACGAGGAAUCAGAAUCCGGAACUGCAACCAUUAGAUUUGGAAACGAAGUGCAUAAUUCACCUGGCUCCAUUUUCUAUUCUCCUAAGAAGCCACGAUAAGCUUGGGGUAUCAUUUUCUAUUCUCCUAAGAAGCCACGAUAAGCUUGGGGUAUCGCUUGAAAACAGAUUUUGAUAGAGUACCAAUGUUGAUAACGUUGAUUCUGAUUUUGGAAAUCUGCAUUUUUGAUUAAUCAUUUUUGUCAAGUGGGAUAUGGAAAAUUCUUUUGUGAUGUUACAUGGAAAGCUGCAGUUGUAGCCUAUUGCUAAAUGGAAAGCUAAGGGGAUGGAGGCGUCAUGAUUUACUGAGUCAUUGUUACGUUAACGAGCUGGAUUCAGAGGCUCAAGCAAUUUUGGUAUUGGGUUGUGUUGUUCAGUUUGGAUCAAAUUGAAGUGUUGAUGAAUUGUUUUGCUAGAAUUUGUCUCCUAGAAACGAUAAGGAUCUUGGUCGCAAGGCCCUCAUAAAGAAGGCAAAUAGAUUUAGUUGCGAAGGGGAUGCCAUUCUGUUCAUUCUAAAGUUUCAUCUUUGUAUAUUUGCUGUCGCUGAUGUUGACAUGUGAAAAGACGUGCAAGCAUGACCCUUUAAAAAGAUUAUAAUCACAGUUUAAACCCUAUGGUGGUUUGGAUUUUUUUUUUUCGAA